GGUGGUUUUCCGCUCAUCCACUUUACCCACAUUUUGCUUCGUCUCAAACUGUUUUUCAUGACUUUAUAAAUUCAAUACCUUUCUCGCUCUGCUUCUACAUCCCUGCCUUGCCUUGCUGUUCUUGAUUGCUCCGCCUCCCAUAUCUCUUUCGAGCUUCAAUCUGCUUUGUUUUGACAAACCCAGUUUCUUAAAUACCCAUUACUAACCUCUCAUCCAGAACCUCACUUUAGAUCCCUUUUGUUUCGCUCUGUGACUAUGCAGUGCUGUAUCAUAGCAAGGCUGAAAACCCAACCGCUAUGGUUUGGUGUGCUUUUCGUUUUGGGUUUAUUCACCCUUCUGAAAAUUUUCCUAGCUUUUUUCAGAUGGGUCUAUGUCAAUUUUCUCAGACCCCCCAAAAAUCUUAAGAAGUACGGAUCUUGGGCGGUGGUUACUGGACCCACAGAUGGCAUUGGCAAGGGCUACGCUUUUCAGUUGGCUCGUGCGGGGCUUAAUCUGGUUUUGGUGGGUCGGAAUCCGGAUAAGCUGAAGGAUGUUUCCGAUUCGAUUCUUGCCAAGUACGCGAAAACCCAGAUUAAGACAGUGGUUGUUGAUUUUUCCGGUGAUCUUUCCGAGGGUAUGGUCAAGAUUCGUGAAGCUAUUGAAGGGUUGGACGUUGGAGUCUUGAUUAAUAAUGUGGGAAUCUCAUAUCCUUACGCGAGAUACUUCCAUGAAGUGGAUGAAGAGCUGCUCAAGAAUUUGAUUAAAGUGAAUGUGGAAGGAACUACCAAAGUUACACACACUGUUCUUCCUGGUAUGCUUAAGAGAAAGAAAGGAGCAAUCGUUAAUAUUGGUUCUGGGGCAGCAAUUGUGAUUCCUUCAGAUCCUCUUUAUGCUGUGUAUGCCGCCACAAAAGCGUACAUAGAUCAAUUCUCGAGAUGUCUCUAUGUUGAAUACAAGAAUAGCGGGGUCGACGUCCAGUGUCAGGUGCCAUUAUAUGUGGCAACAAAGAUGGCUUCAAUAAAGAGAUCUUCAUUUUUUGUGCCAUCGACUGAUGGAUAUGCGAAAGCCGGCAUGCGUUGGAUCGGGUAUGAGCCUCGAUGUACCCCUUACUGGCCGCAUUCCAUUCUGUGGGCAUUGGCUCACUCCUUGCCUGAGUCUCUGGUUGAUUCUUGGCGUCUCUGGUUCUGCCUUCGCAUUCGAAAGGGGGGGCAACUCAAGGAUUCAAGGAAGAAGGAAUAAGCCAUAAGAGACAAGCUCUUUUCAGAUUUUUAAGUGCCUGAUGUAUCACUGAUUUCUUUCUUGUUAUUAAUCUGUACUUGGAGCAAUGGCUUGGUCUAUUCUUUCCUUUUUGAUCUACUCUCUUUUUGAGUAUCUUUGUGUUGUAAUGUUGAGGACUUGAUAUAAUUCUCACUUGUGAUAGAAAAAUACUGUGGUUUCAGACAUGG